AUGGCUUCCACCGCCCUCUCCUCCGCCUCCUUCUCCCUGCUGAAUGUCCCCACUGCCUCCUCCUCGCUCCCUAAGGCCACAGUCACCUUCGUCGCCCGCGGCCGUGGCGGCCGCUUCGCCGUCGCCUGCACGUCGACGGCCUCGCCCAAGGUGCUCGAGCUCGGGGACGCCAUCUCGGGGCUCACCCUCGAGGAGGCGCGGGGCCUCGUGGACCACCUGCAGGAGCGGCUCGGCGUCACCGCCGCCGCGUUCGCCCCCGCGGCCGUGGUCGCGGCGCCCGUGGAGAAGACGGAGUUCGACGUGGUGAUCGAGGAGGUGCCCAGCAGCGCGCGCAUCGCGACCGUCAAGGUGGUGCGCGCGCUGACGAACCUGGCGCUCAAGGAGGCCAAGGACCUCAUCGAGGGCCUGCCCAAGAAGCUCAAGGAGGCCGUGAGCAAGGACGAGGCCGAUGACGCCAAGAAGCAGCUCGAGGAGGUCGGCGCCAAGGUGUCCAUCGCCUGA